ACUCUACUCUAUCUAUCUAUAUAUAUAACUAUAUCUACACACUUCUCAAGACUCUCCUAUUUGUGCUCCUCUUUUCUCUGUUGACCCAUCUGCGCCAUCUUCAUCAUUUGUGCAAGGUCAAGGAAACUGUGGAACAUGGGAAGGAAGUAUCUGUGUGCUGCUUUCCUUUUGUGGGCUGUUGUGUGUACUGCUCUUCCAGCUGCUUACUCUGAUAAUAAUUUACUGAGAGUUGGUUUGAAGAAGAGACCUUUGGAUCUUGAAAGCAUAAAAGCAGCAAAAGGAGCUAGAUUGGGAGGCAAAUAUGGGAAGGGAGUGAACAAGAAGCUAGGUGACUCAGAUGAAGGCAUUGUCUCUCUGAAUAACUAUUUGGAUGCCCAGUAUUAUGGUGAGAUUAGUAUCGGUUCGCCCCCGCAGAACUUCACCGUUAUAUUUGACACUGGCAGUUCUAAUCUCUGGGUUCCAUCAUCAAAAUGCUACUUAUCUAUUGCUUGCUAUUUCCAUUCAAAGUACAAGUCAAGCAAGUCCAGUACAUAUACCCAGAUAGGGAAGUCUUGUUCAAUCACGUAUGGAUCUGGAUCCAUUUCUGGCUUUCUCAGUCAAGAUGAUGUUCAACUUGGUGACCUUCUUGUCAAAGAUCAGGUCUUUAUCGAGACUACAAGAGAACCCAGUCUUACGUUUAUAAUUGCCAAGUUUGAUGGGAUACUUGGGCUGGGAUUCCAGGAAAUUUCUGUUGAAAAUGUCGUGCCUGUCUGGUACAACAUGGUCGAACAAGGCCUUGUAGAUGAGCCAGUGUUCUCUUUCUGGCUUAACCGUGAUCCAAAAGCGGAAGUCGGAGGUGAACUUGUUUUUGGUGGUGUUGAUCCAAAACACUUCAAGGGAGAACAUACCUAUGUCCCUGUCACACAGAAGGGCUAUUGGCAGAUUGACUUGGGAGAUUUUCUAAUUGGUAACAGCUCAACUGGCUAUUGCGAAGGUGGUUGUGCUGCUAUUGUGGAUUCCGGAACAUCUUUGCUUACCGGUCCAACUGCUGUUGUGACUGAAAUCAACUAUGCCAUUGGGGCAGAAGGGGUAGUCAGUGCCGAGUGUAAAGAAGUAGUCUCCGAGUAUGGAGAGAUGAUAUGGGAUCUGCUAGUAUCAGGGCUGAGAGCAGACCAAGUUUGUUCAGAACUAGGCUUAUGCUUCCUUAAUGGAGCUUGGCAUGAAAGUUCUAUCAUCAAAACGGUGGUCGAGAAGGAAGCGGAGGGAAAUCUCACUUCAAACCCAUUGUGCACUACUUGUGAGAUGGCUGUUAUUUGGUUGCAGAACCAGCUAAAACAGAAGGGAAUAAAGGAGAAAGUUUUUGAAUAUGUGGAUCAGCUCUGUGAGAAACUACCAAGCCCAGAUGGGGAAUCUGUGAUCGAUUGCAAUAGCAUUUCAAGCAUGCCUAAUGUUACAUUCGUCAUUGGGGAUAAAGACUUUGUCCUCACCCCGGAACAGUAUAUUCUCAAGACUGGAGAAGGGAUAGCUGCGGUCUGUGUUAGUGGUUUUCUUGCUUUGGAUGUGCCGCCACCUCAAGGCCCUCUCUGGAUUCUUGGAGAUGUGUUCAUGGGGGCAUAUCACACAGUAUUUGACUAUGGAAAUCUCCAGGUGGGCUUUGCUGAAGCAGCAUGAUACCGUUUUAUAUGUAUCUGCUUUCUGUAGCUAUCUGUUGUCUAUAAUGCAUUUAGAUAUGAGUCUACAAGACUUGGGUAUGUAUUGCACUGUGGAUGUGAACUUAAUCAAGGUUGUGUAGUGUAUUACACAGCCCUCUAUGUAAUGCAUUUUCUACGUUACAUCUC